AUGAAACACACUGAAAAGACUUCUUUCCAUACAGAUCAGUGGUGGGGAAAACUAUCCAUUGAAAUCGGUGGUAAAUUGGGAACUGACUUUGAUACAAUUGGAAUCCACCUUGGUGUUGAUAAUGCAGCUCUCAAAGAUAUCAAGAGUUCUUAUCCCGGGGCAGCUAAACAAUGGGGUAAGGAAUUGCUGAUAGAGUGGAGACAGGAACAUGCUGAUUGGACACAUGAAAAACAGAUAACAACGUUACAAAAUGCUUUGGAAGAUUCUGGUAGAAAUGAUCUUAAAGUGAAGGUGGAGAAAGCAGAAGCAAAACGGGUUGCAGCUCAAGAACAAGCUAAGCAACCCAAAGAAGAUCAAGGUGCAAAGGAUGAAUUAGAUUUGCCCUCACCACCUGCAGAGAAUCCAAAAGAUGCUCAGUUGGAGGCAAGAUUGAAAAAACUUAAAAGUUAAAUAA